AUGUCGAACGCACUUGGUGGAGAUUCACCGAUCAUGGGUAAAGAGUCCAGCACAAUUGUGCAAAUACCUAGCAAUCGGAUUGUUAACAACGGCAACCGGAAAGUUAAAAACAGCAACCGGAGUGUUGACAACGGCAACCGGAGUAAUAACAACGGCAACUGGAGAGUUAAGAACAUCAAUCGGAGUGUUAACAACGGCAACCGGAGAGUUAAGAACAUCAGUCGGAGUGUUAACAACAGCAUCCAGAGAGUAAACAAUAGCAACCGGAGAGUUAACAAUAGCAACCGGAGUGUUAACAACGGCAACCGGAGUAAUUACAACGGCAACCGGAGUAAUAACAACGGGAACCGGAGUGGUGACAACGGCAACCGGAAUGUUACAAACAUUAAUCGGAGUGUUAACAACGGCAACCGGAAAGUUAAGAACAUCAAUCGGAAUGUUAACACCGGCAACCGGAGAUUUAAAAACAGCAACCGGAGUGUUAAAAACAGAAACCGGAGAGUUAAGAACAUCAAUCGGAAUGUUAACACCGGAAACAGGAGAUUUAAAAACAGCAACCGGAGUGUUAAAAACAGAAACCGGAGUGUUAUAAACACAAACCGGAGUAAUAACAACGGCAACUGGAGUGUAAAAAACGGAAAGUGGAGAGUUCUCAACGGAACUGGAGUGUUGACAACGGCAACCGGAGUGUUAACAACGGCAACCGGAGUGUUAACAACGGCAACAAAAGAUGUAUCAACGACAACCGGAAUAGUUAAAACGGCAACCGGAGUGUUAACAACGGCAACCGGAGUGUUAAGAACAUCAACCGGAGUGUUAACAACAGCAACCGGAGUGUUAACAACGGCAACCGGAGUGUUAAGAGCAUCAUUCGGAAUUGACAACGGCAACCGGAGUAGUGACAACGGCAACCUGAGUAGUGACAACGGCAACCGGAGUAGUGACAACGGUAACCGAAGUAGUGACAACGGUAACCGGAGUAGUGACAACGGUAACCGGAGUAGUGACAACGGCGACCGGAGUAGUGACAACGGUAACCGGAGUAGUGACAACGGCAACCGGAGUGGUGACAACGGCAACCGGAGUAGUGACAACGGCAACCGGAGUAGUGACAACGGCAACCGGAGUAGUGACAACGGCAACCGGAGUGGUGACAACGAUAACCGGAGUAGUGACAACGGUGUUGGCAACCGGAGUAGUGACAACGGUAACCGGAGUGGUGACAACGGUAACCGGAGUAGUAACAACGGCAACCGGAGUGGUGACAACGGUAACCGGAGUAGUGACAACGGUAACCGGAGUGGUGACAACGGUAACCGGAGUAGUGACAACGGCAACCGGAGUAGUAACAACGGCAACCGGAGUAGUGACAACGCAACCGGAGUAGUAACAACGGCAACCGGAGUAGUGACAACGGCAACCGGAGUAGUAACAACGGCAACCGGAGUAGUAACAACGGCAACCGGAGUAGUGACAACGGCAACCGGAGUAGUAACAACGGCAACCGGAGUAGUGACAACGGCAACCGGAGUAGUGACGUCGGCAGCCGGAUUAGUAACAACGGUUGCACGGUGA